UUCCUGCUAUCGAGUCAAUGCUGCGAAAGUUUACUUUCGGCAUCACCCGACUCUUGCAACAUUGGACCCAAGUGCGUGCCAGAGAAGUUGUUGUUUUAACCAUUGUGGCGCAGCACGUGAACAAUCCCAUGUUUCCUCUUCUCGAAAGUUCUCUCAUAGUUUUUAGUUGCAUUUCUUCCCGAGUUUGAGUCGACUUUUUCUAUCACUUCAGAUUAUAGAAAGGGUGGAGGGGGGGGCUCUACUUUUAGUCGAGUUUUAAUUUUUUUUUUUUUUUUUUUUUUUUUAGCCAACAACUUGUGUGGGAAAAGUGAAGCUAAGUAGAAGAAUAAGCGCGGUGUGUCCACAGCAACAUGCCGAUUAGGCGUUUUGGGGGUCACAGGUCUCUCGUGUCGCGCUCUAAUUCGCCAAAACUCUCGUAUGGUUACUCGACAAUGAACGUUUCAAGAAGCGGAUACCGUGUUUUCUCUGCCAACUCCAGCACCGCCUCCGUGCAGCUGGCCAAGAAGAUAACAGAACGCUUGGGUGUAGAGUUGGGCAAGUCGGUUGUAUACCAAGAGGCGAAUGCAGAGACCAAAGUGGACGUGAAGGAGUCUGUUCGUGGACAAGACAUCUUCAUCAUUCAGACCAUUCCUAGAGAUGUCAACACCGCCAUCAUGGAGCUGCUGAUUAUGGCGUAUGCCCUGAAAACUUCCUGCGCAAAGAACAUCAUUGGGGUCAUUCCGUACUUUCCGUACAGCAAGCAGUGCAAGAUGAGGAAGAGGGGCUCCAUUGUUUGCAAGCUACUGGCCGCCAUGUUGGCUAAAGCUGGACUGACUCACAUCAUCACCAUGGACCUGCAUCAGAAGGAAAUCCAGGGCUUCUUUAGUUUCCCCGUUGACAACUUGAGAGCUUCCCCCUUCCUCAUCCAGUACAUCCAAGAAGAGAUCCCAGACUACAGGAAUGCUAUCAUUGUCGCAAAGUCGCCGUCGGCUGCGAAGAGGGCGCAGUCCUACGCCGAGAGGCUUCGGCUCGGCCUGGCCGUCCUGCACGGCGAUGCAAACAAUUUAGAGUCGGGCAUGGCCGAUGGCCCCACCUCGCCGCCGCCGUCUCGCCCCAGCGCUGGACACCCCGGCCUGGAGCUGCCACCCAACACAGGCAGCAGAUCUCGUGUCCCAUUUCCAGGGAUUGAGCUUCCAAUAAUGAUGGCCAAGGAGAAGCCACCCAUCACUGUCGUCGGAGAUGUGGGCGGACGAAUCGCCAUCAUUGUUGACGACAUCAUCGACGACGUGCAGGAGUUUGUCGCGGCAGCAGAGAUCCUGAAGGAGCGAGGAGCCUACAAGAUCUACAUCAUGGCCACACAUGGUUUGCUGUCUGCAGAGGCGCCGAGACUGAUAGAAGAGUCUGCCAUUGAUGAGGUGGUGGUGACCAACACCGUGCCCCACGAGGUCCAGAAGCUGCAGUGUUCAAAGAUCAAGACGGUGGACGUGAGCAUGAUCCUUGCCGAGGCCAUCCGUCGCAUCCAUAAUGGAGAAUCCAUGGCCUACCUGUUCCGGAACAUCGCCGUGGACGACUGAGGCAACCGCACACACCAAUUUCCACUCAAUCAUGAGCACACCCGUUCAACUUGUGUGGAACUGUAGGAACAUUGCUCCUAUAGAAACGUUAUGUAUCACUCACUGCCUCUCGGUAUUCUUUCUAUAUCAACCAAAAUAAAUCUGAACUUCUCCGGGGAAACGUUCUUUUGAAUCAUGAUUGGCACAAUUAAUCGGAAAAAAGUAAAUAUCAUUUUUUUUAAUUACUAAAAGAAUAUCUUAGCACAAUCUGGUUACCUAAAUAAGUUUAAUUAUUCAGGAAUUAAAUUGUACAAACACACUGUAAAAUCACAUAUAAAAUACAUUUUUACAAUUAAAUACAUCCAUAAAAAUUUUCGGGGCAGAGUCCAGUUACCUAAAUUACUUUAAUAAGGAAAUAUAUUUUAAAAAUGGACUGUAAAUCUAAAAAGUACCUGUAAAAUAUAUAUUUUUUAUGAUUAAAUGAAUAAAUAAAAAAUUCCUUAGCUCAAUCCCACUUCCUACAUUAGGAACUAAAUGCAGCAGAACAUCACAUGUACAAUAUUUUUCUUAAAUCAAAUGCAUAGCUAAAGAUAAUUUUAGCACAGUUUCGUUACCUAAAUUAGUUCAAUCAUUUUCAGAAAUAUAUUGUAUAAACUCAAUGUAAAAUCACUUACAUACACAAUAUUCUUAUUUUCCAAUUAUAUAAAUGUAUAACAAAUAUUGUAGUACAGUCCUGUUACCUAAAUUAGCUGAGAAACUAGAAACUAAAUUGUAUAAAUACACAGUAAAUCUUAAAAUCACCUGUAAAAUAAAUCUUUACUAUUAAAUACAUUUAUAGAAAAUACCUUAGCACAGUCCUGUUGACUACAUUAGUUUAAUUAGGAUAUAAAUUAACCAUAAAAUGACCUGUCAACUUUUUUUUGUUUUAAAAAUACAUUUUUGUAUGAUACACAUCUCAGCACAGUCAUGUUAUAUAAAUUAAUUUUGUUAUCUAGGACAGUGGUUCUCAACAUUUUUUUAAUUCAAGUACCCCCUAAUCAGAGCAAAGCAUUUUUGGUUGAAAAAAAGAGAUAAAGAAGUAAAAUACAGCACUAUGUCAUCAGUUUCUGAUUUAUUGAAUUGUAUAACAAUGCAAAAUAUUGCUCAUUUGUAGUGGUCUUUCUUGAACUAUUUGGGAAAAAAGAUAUAAAAAUAACUAAAAACUUGUUGAAAAAAAAACAAGUGAUUCAAUUAUAAAUAAAGAUUUCUACACAUAGAAGCAAUCAUCAACUUAAAGUGCCCUCUUUGGGGAUUGUAAUAGAGAUCCAUCUGGAUUCAUGAACUUAAUUCUAAACAUUUCUUCACAGAUACAUCUUUAACAUCAAUAUUUAUGGAACAUGUCCACAAAAAAUCUAGCUAUCAUCACUGAAUAUUACAUUUCUUUUCACAGUAUAUGAACUUAAAUUCAUAUUGUGUUGAAGUGUUUUUCAAUAAAUAUAUUUAUAAAGGAUUUUUGAAUUGUUGCUAUUUUUAGAAUAUUUAAAAAAAAUCUCACGUACCCCUUGGUAUACUUUCAAGUACCCCCAGGGGUACGCGUACCCCCAUUUGAGAACCACUGAUCUAGGAAAAAGUGUAUAAAUCAACUGUAAAUCACAUUUCUUAAAUUACAUGAAUAUAUAAAAAAAUAUAUUAAAACAGUCGCAUUAUCAAAAUUUGUUUAAUUAAUUGGGAAUGAAUUGUAUAAGUGGGUAUUAAAAAAGCCUGUAAAAAAUGUUUUUGAAUGACAUAGAUAAAAAAUAUGUUUGCGCACUCCUAAUACAUAGAUAAUUUUGUAAUAUUUAUUACGUUAAUACAGUUUUUUCAGUCACUAAUAAAAUGAAGAUAAAUGCUUUGUGGCUAUAAUUCAUGUGUUUGCUAAUACCAUGUUACAAACUCAACCUCCUUACUCCGAUGCAUCAUCUUCGUCUUGGGAAUUUUGGACAAAAAUGAAAUAAAUUUAUAUAAAUACUCAUUCUUAAUAGUUUGUUAUGAGUAUUAUCAAAUUUUAGAGUUGUAAAAAAUGAUAUUUAUUUUUUAGAGCGUUGCCAUAAGCAAAUAGCACCGAUUCGGGGGAACCACCCAAUGAACACCUUUAACUCUCGGUUGCAGUUUGGUUUGCAGCUGCCUGUUUAAUUCAACGCUUGCAUUCCAUUUGUAGCCAACUUUAUUUAACAGUACAAUUGACAAAAGUUUGUUUCAAAGUUUUGCACUGACAAGAUUUUAUCAUCACAUUUUAAUCUGCUAUAUCAGUGGUUCUCAACCUUUUUUCAGUGAUGUAUCCCCUGUGAACAUUUUUUUAAUUCAAGUACCCCCUAAUCACAGCAAAGCAUUUUUGGUUGAUAAAAAGAGAUAAAGAAGUAAAAUACA